AUGACUCCCAAAAGUGUUGUCCUUGCAAUCUACAUCACUGUCUUUGUGAUAGGUCUCCCAGCCAACCUUCUGGCCUGCUACUCGUUCCUGAGGAAAGUCCGCCAGAAGCCGGUCCCCAUAGACAUCCUCUUGCUCAACUUGACCAUCUCUGACCUUUUCCUUCUGACCUUUCUGCCCUUCAAGAUGGUUGAAGCCACCUAUGACAUGACAUGGCCUCUCCCUGCCUUCCUUUGCCCAUUCACCAACUUCCUUUUCUACAGCAGCAUCUAUCUCAGCACCCUCUUCCUCGUGGCGGUCAGUGCAGAACGCUACCUGUGCAUCGCCUACCCUGUCAAGCACAAGUUUAGCCGCAGGCCAACUUAUGCCAGACUGGCCAGCCUCAUUAUCUGGUUGGUGGCCUGUUCCCACUGUGCCAGCAUCGUUUUUGGUGUGGAAUAUGGUUAUGGGAACCAGUGGAAACCUGAGUACAGCUACACAUGCUACCAGAACUUCACCCCAAACCAGCUCAAGAUCCUCCUCCCUUUCCGACUGGAACUCAGCCUUGUCCUCUUCUGUCUCCCUUUCAUCAUCACCAUUUUUUGCUAUAUCAACAUUAUCCGCAUCGUGACCUCUAUGCCCAACAUCAAGCCUCAUAAGAAGCAACGGGCCGUGGGCCUUGCCGUGGCCACUAUACUGAAUUUUGCCAUCGCUUUUGCCCCCUACAAUAUCUCCCACAUUGUGGGCUUCAUUCAGGGAGACAGCCCUUCCUGGAGGGUGGAGACUUUCUUCCUCACCUCCUUCAACACCAUCUUGGACCCCAUCAUCUUCUUCUUCUCUUCUGCCACCAUUCGAGAAACUUUUGCUGACUGUUGGCUUGCCAUGCCCCACAAACGCCCAGCAGUUCCAUCACCAUGCUGUUUGAAUUGCUGCAAGGUUCCUGAAGGCAAAACUGACGAAUCCGUAGCUGGUCAAUUAUCAGCUUCAAAUGUCCCCAGUUUCCUGGCAGGAUCUAGCACCCCCAUUCCUUCUACAACUCAGCAUAGUACCCAGACAUUGGGGACUUGAUCACUAUGCA